AUGCGUGAUGUUACGCUAAAAUUAGAAAUUUUAAAAGAAGCGGAAGUGAAAAAGGGCCAAUUCAAGGGUACUCACAGCCAGGUGGAGGUCAUUACCCUCCCCUACCACCUCGUCAAGGUUACUCGGGUAAUCCACAAGGACAAUAUCAAGGACCCCCGCAAUGCAGCUCAUCGAGACAGAAUAACACGCGACGAAGUUAUCAAGAAGAGGGAACGCCUCAAGGUCAACGGGGUCAAGGACGUUCGAGAAGCCAUGAAGAGAAUGAGCAAAGGAGGGCCAGGUACCCACAGCCAGGUGGAGGUCAUUACCCUCCCCUACCACCUCGUCAAGGGUACUCGGGUAAUCCACAAGGACAAUAUCAAGGACCUCCACAAGGUAGCUCAUCGAGACAGGAUAACACGCGACGAAGUUAUCAAGAAGAGGGAACGUCUCAAGGUCAACGGGGUCAAGGACGUUCGAGAAGCCAUGAAGAGAAUGAGCAAAGGAGGGCCAGGUACCCACAGCCAGGUGGAGGUCAUUACCCUCCCCUACCACCUCGUCAAGGGUACUCGGGUAACCCACAAGGACAAUAUCAAGGACCUCCACAAGGUAGCUCAUCGAGACAGGAUAACACACGACGAAGUUAUCAAGAAGAGGGAACGUCUCAAGGUCAACGGGGUCAAGGACGUUCGAGAAGCCAUGAAGAGAAUGAGCAAAGGAGGGCCAGGAGGAUACCAACAACAUCAACAAGGCUACCCCGGACAACAGUAUGCACCGCCUCCUCCACCCGGAUAUCAAGGUCCACCUCCCCCUCCCGGGCCCUACGGACACCAACAAGGCGGGUACCCUCCAAAUCAAGCGCCUCCUGCACCGCCAUAUCAAAGAAACAGCUACCCUCAAGUUGGUCCUACUCAGGGCAACAUGUACCCACCUCGUCAAGCUAGCAGGCCCAAAAUAUCACAAAACUAUCCGCAAGCGCCUCCUCAGCCCCGUAGUGACCAACAAAAUCAUUACGAAAAUCAACAAGCCCAAGAACUACCCUCAAAAGCAGGUAAUAUUGGGUGGAAUGCAGAUACAGAAAAAGAAACAGAAAAUGAUCCAGAAAACAAAGUUCAGUGUGAAAAGCGAAAAGAUGAAGCGCCUGCAAAAGCACAAUCAGCUGGUCUUCAAAAAAAUACUCCCAAGAAAACACCGGCUAAACAAAUGAGCAAAGCAGCUUCAAGUCCGCAUAUAAGCCAACCCAGUAAAACCUCUGCUGGCAAAAUAGCAAAGAAUGACCUCAAAAAGAACUGA